CGGCAGAGUUUGGAAGAUGAACAGUCUCUCUCCAGAGGUGGCAUUGAGCCGUAUUUCUCCUGAGCUGCGGCCUUUACUCUGCUCUGUGGUGCGCAAUGGACGGGUUGGUUUAGACUCAUCCAGCUGUCUCCGGAUCACUGACCUCAAGAGUGGCUGCACAUCACUAAUGCCUGGUCCUUGCUGUGACAGAUUCAAACUUCAUAUUCCAUAUGCUGGAGAGACUCUUAAAUAUCUGGACCAGGGCAUCACUGAGCUCCUGGACAGUCUGAGGUGCAACCUGGCGGCAUCGGGUGGACCGAAACAUAAUGUCUCAGAGGUUUUCUAUUGGAUUUAGGUCAGGCGAGCGUGGAGACCAUCCAAUGGUAUCAAUUCCUUCAUUCUCCAAGAACUGCCUGCAUACUUUCUGCACAUGAGGCCGGGCAUUGUCAUGCACCGGAAAGAACCCAGGAACCACUGCACUGGUGUAGGGUCUAACAGUGGGUCCAAGGAUUUCAUCCCUAUACCUAAUGGCAGUCAGCGUGCCAUUGUCUAGCCUGUAGAGGUCCGUGUGUCCCUUCCCAGACCAUCCCUGACCCACCACCAAACCGGUCAUGCGGAACGAUGUCACAGGAAGCAUAACGUUCUCAACGGCUUCUUCAGACCCUUUCACAUAUGUCACAUGUGCUUAGGGUGAACCUGCUCUCAUCUUUAAAAAGCACAGGGCGCCAGUGGCACACCUGCCAAUUCUGGUGUUCAGUGGCAAAUGCCAAUUGAGCUCCACGGUCCUCCACUAGAGGACGUCAGGCCCUCAGGCCACCCUCAUGAAAUCUGUUUCUGAUUGUUUGGUCAGAGACAUUCACACCAGUGGUCUGCUGGUCAUUUUGUAGGGCUCUGGCAGUGCUCAUCCUGUUCCUCCUUGCACAAAGGAGCAGAUACCGUUCCUGCUGAUGGGUUAAGGACCUUCUACGCCCCUGUCCAGCUCUCCUAACCGCCUGUCUCCUGGAAUGUCCUCCAUGCUCUUGAGACUGUACAGCAAAACUUCUUGCAAUGGCCCGUAUUGAUGUGCCAUCCUGGAGGAGUUGGACUGCCUGUGCAAAUGGUGGAUUCUGCGUUAUGAUUGGGGACAUUAUCUUCAAUGCCAAAGACCCAGAAUUGCCCCCAGACUUUAUCUUCGGAGAGGAUGCUGACUUCCUGCCUGAACCAUCAGAACUCCCGCACUUGGUGUCAUGGGAUGCGGGUAAACCGGAAUGUCUCCUGCAGCUGGUGAAAGAGCUGUUGCAGCAGUACCAUCAGUACCAGUGCCAGCGGCUUCGUGACAGCUCCCGCCUGCUCUUCGAAUAUGACAGUCUGCUGGAUGACCCCAACUAUGGGCGCAGUAUGGAGAUCUACGCUGGCCUCAAGAACAGCUGGACGGGGGAGUUUUCUGCUCGAUUCCUUCUCAAACUCCCUGUGGAUUUUAGCAACAUUCCCAUCUAUCUUCUCAAAGACACAGCACUGGAUCCAGGAGAAGAUGUGGCACUUCUAUCCGUUAGUUUUGAAGAUGCUGAAGCCACACAAGUCUUUCCAAAACUCUACCUGUCUCCCAGCAUUGAGCAUGCACUUGGAGGAUCUUCUGCAUUACAUAUCCCAGCAUUCCCCAGUGGUGGCUGCCUCAUUGACUACGUGCCUCAAGUGUGCCAAUUACUCACAAACAAGGUUCAGUAUGUCAUUCAAGGUUAUCACAAGAGGAGAGAAUACAUUGCUGCUUUUCUCAGUCACUUUGGAAUGGGUGUGGUAGAGUAUGAUGCUGUUGGGUUUACCAAGCUCACCCUUCUGCUCAUGUGGAAAGACUUCUGCUUCCUGGUCCAUGUGGACCUGCCUUUAUACUUCCCUCGAGAUCAACCCACCCUCACGUUUCAGUCUAUCUAUCACUUCACCAGCAGUGGGCAGCUCUACUCUCAGGUGCAGAAAUCUUACCCCUACAGUCCACGCUGGGAUGGCAACGAGAUGGCCAAGCGAGCCAAGGCCUACUUCAAAAGCUUUAUCCCUCAGUUCCAGGAGGGGGCUUUUGCCAACGGAAAACUGUAAAUUUACUGUGUGAAUUAGGAGCUCUCUGAUUUGAAUGGAUGGUCUAUGAACAUGAUGUACGUACAGGAGACAGCAUGUGCUCAGAGUCAAGCAAGAGUCUGACUCACAAGUCUGCCAACUGCUCCUCUUCAAUGCUCCUGCCCUCACAAGCAAUGUCAUUUGGUACAUUUAUAAGUACUGUGUGAAUUUUUUGUAUAAUUUAUAUGCUGUGUGUUUUCUCAUGUUCUUUAUGAAUAGAUUGCGUCAAUAAAUCAAGUAACUUUGCUGCUUUA